GUACAUUUUCAACCCGAGCAUUCUAAAUAGAAUAGAAUUACGACCUACAAGUAUUGAAAAAGAAGUUUUUCCAACCAUGGUAACAGAAGGUCAGUUAUAUGCCAUGCCACUUUCAGGUUAUUGGAUGGAUGUUGGACAGCCAAAAGAUUUUUUGACAGGAAUGGGUAUGUACUUAAACUCUUUAAGACACAAAUCGCCUGACAAAUUAUACAAUGGACCUGGCGUGGUUGGUAAUGUUUUAAUUGACCAUACGGCUACAAUAGGAAAAGACUGUAGAAUAGGACCCAACGUUACGAUUGGCCCAGGAGUCACACUUUCAGAUGGAUGCUGUGUUAAACGAACAACAAUUUUAAGAGAAGCAAUAGUUAAAGAACAUUCUUGGCUCGAUAAAUGUAUCAUUGGUUGGAAAAGUGUGGUUGGUCGUUGGGUCAGGAUGGAGAAUACUACUGUUCUCGGGGAAGAUGUUAUUGUAAAAGAUGAAUUAUAUGUUAACGGAGGUCAAGUACUACCACACAAAAGCAUUGCAACAUCUGUUACAGAACCACAAGUAAUUAUGUAAAAUAAAUUAGCACACACCAAAUCCUGCCAAUGUUAAUGAACGAAUAUAUUUGUAAAAUAUGAAAGACAACUACCAAAAUCAAACUCACAUAAAUUGUGGGUAAAUAACUGCAUUCAACCAGCAAAAAUUGGAUAUUGUUACCUAACAUAAAAUCUUAUGAGUACUCUUUAGUAAACUUUGUAUUAAAAGAUAAUUUGUUCGUUAUUUAACUGACUAUCGAUCAGUUGUAAUGAGAUAAUCUAAAACCUAUUUUCACGAAGUUAUAUAGCAAAAAUCGCCAUUUUUAAUGUUAGUUAUGCAACAUUAUGAACGUUUACAUUUUUAAAUAAAAAUUUCUCA